AUGUCCAUCAUCAACUUCCAAUCUCUCAUUUGCGUUUCACUUCUCCCCAUCCGCGGACUUCCUCCUCUUUUCUUCUAUGUUUUUGUUGAAAGCCCACUAGCUGCACCAUCAACCAACCUCCUUUUAAUUGACGGAGCAGUCCUUCUAGAUUCCCGUUGGCUAGUACCCAUAGUUCGGGAUAAAGCUGACGUGAUUCCGCAGAAUUCCUAUUCAUCCCGUCAGACUAAAGUCGAAUCUGAUGGCAAUGUCUGA